AUGUAAAGAUCAUAAGCUAUUUAACCUCAACAAGAAAACUAUAAGAAGAUCAAACUUCUAGGCGAGGGCUCUUUUGGGAAAGCAUUUUUAGUCUAGUGCAGUUCUGAUUAAUCUCUAGCAGUCAUUAAGUAAUUAGAUGUUUCCAAGAUUAGCGAGAAUGAGGCAAACGACACAAUAAGGGAGUCUAAAAUUUUAGAAAUAUUGAAGCAUCCAAACAUUAUCAAAUUUAAAGAGGUUUUCAAGACCAAAGCAGGAAAGCUUUUCAUUGUAAUGGAUUAUGCAGAUGGUGGGGAUCUCUGGCAAAGGAUUGAAAAAUAGAACAACAAGUAUUUUGAGGAGGAGAAAAUUCUGGAUUGGUUCACUUAAAUCUGUUUGGCUUUGAAGCAUUGCCAUGAUAGAAAAAUUCUUCAUAGAGAUAUAAAGUGCUAGAACAUUUUCUUGACCUCAAGAGAUCAAGUAAAAUUAGGAGACUUCGGGAUAGCUAGAGUAUUGAAAUAAACUCUUGACGUGGCUAAAUCAAUGGUUGGAACUCCUUAUUACUUGUCCCCAGAAAUAAUAGAAAAUAAACCCUAUUCAUUCAAGAGUGACAUUUGGUCACUGGGUAUUCUACUUUAUGAAAUGUGCGCCCUUAAGCCACCAUUUAUGAGUCAAGGCAUCCAUCUAUUAGCUUUGAAGAUUAUUAAAGGUGAAUAUUAAAGGCUACCAGAAGGACAAUACUCAUAAGAUCUCAAUAAUUUGAUUACAAGCUUACUACAGCUAGAUCCUAAUAGAAGGCCAGACAUAAAACAAAUACUAAAAAUGCCUAUGAUUCAAUUCAGGAUUAAAAAGUUUCUUACAGAUGAGGAGUAUGAGACUGAAUUCGAAGAUGAAAUUGAAUAGCCAUAAACCUUUUCCAGAUGCUCUAAGCUAGAUGAAUCUAUCAGAUAGAUAGACUAAAUAAGGUAAAAGUAUACCAAGCAAAGACCAGCUUCAUCAAUGGCAUAUUCAUCUAGGGAGGAAGAGAAAAGUCACUAGUAAUAGAGGAGAUAAGUGAUAUAAGUAGAUUAGGUUCCCAAAUACAAUUGCGUAUCAGAUAAAUUAAACCCUACAAAUAACUAACUAAAUCACGAGAAUCUGGAGAACCUUUAGAAUGAGACUAAAUAUAAAGAAGAAAGACUAAAAAACUUGAUGGCAGAUAUAAAGAUGAAAAAGGAUCAUCUUAAAUAGGCAAAUAAUGAAAGUUACAUCAACAGUGUACACUGCAGCAACCUUAUUAAGAAUAAUUCGAACUCAAAAAUUUCAAUUAACUCCUCUAAUAGAAGCGGCUAGAGUAAUAGAAAUAUAAGUCCCUAGUUUUCUAGAGAUUGUAAAUAUAAUAAGCCUACGAGCAGCCGAAUGAUGGCAGAAAAUUUUGACAUCAAUCAGUUAAUAGGAAAUGUAGCAGAUCAAAUCAACAAUAUUUGUAAGAAGCAUCAAAGCACAGGAAGUGAUUAAGAAAGCAAUACUAAGCCUAGAGUCUCUUCAAGUAAAGACUAAGAUGAUUCACCUUAGUAAGAAUAAAUGCAAUCCUCGGGGGAAAAUAUGAUAGAGCAAAUUAAAGUAAUACCAGCUGAUCCUAAAAUAGAGUUCUUCAAAGAAAUAAUAAUAGCUAACUAUGGAAUCAAUGAGUUUUAGGAGGGAACUUUGAUUAUAAAUGACAUUUGCAAGUCUAAGGAUAUUUAUCUAGAAGAGACAUAUGAAGAGAUAUAAGCAAGGCUUUAGGAAAAGAUAUUUAUCAAUGACUCAGUAAGGUGCUAAGGCUUUAUAGCUGAAUACAGUGCGUUGCUUUUGCUUUAAUAAAAAUGA